AUGGCAACCAGUGCCACAUACGUAUGGGGUACACCUUGGGGAGGUAAAGGUGGAGAAAACGCCUGGCAAUUCAUAAUACCUGAUGGUGGUAGUCUUGCCAGGUUCACUAUAAGUAGUGGCGACGUUGUAAAUUCCAUCCGCUUCUCUUACAAGGAUCAAUAUGGCUUUACGCUUACUUCUGAACACUUCGGUGGCGAUGGUGGCUCAUCCAAUACGAUAACCUUCGCCGACGACGAGUUCCUCAUCGGGAUUAGUGGACGUGUCGGAUCUAUUAACAACUUAACAGUGAUUACGUCAUUGUCUUUCGAGACCAACAACUACACUUAUGGGCCAUACGGCACAAACCCUGGGACUGAUUUCUCGUUUGGGGUCGCAAAUGGUAAGUUUUCCGGAUUUUAUGGAAGGUGUGGGCAUUACGUGGACUCUUUGGGUGUCAUUCUUCAGCCGAAAACAUGA